CAGUUUUAACCGUGACAUUUUACAAGCGAGUGUAUCGCAAUAUGCGAGUGCUUUUAAGGUUAAGAGGAGCAUCUUUCUAAAUAUUUCUCUAAGUAGCGAUAAAUAUCUAAAAAGAAGCAAAAAAAAGGUAUUAUUCUGCAACAAUGUCGAUUGGAGUACCGAUUAAAGUUCUUCAUGAAGCCGAGGGCCACAUAAUAACAUGUGAAACGAACACCGGAGAAGUUUAUCGCGGAAAGCUAAUAGAAGCGGAAGAUAACAUGAAUUGUCAGAUGCAAAAUAUUAACGUAACGUAUCGGGAUGGCAGAGUCGCAACACUGGAAAACGUGUACAUAAGAGGCUCGAAGAUCAGAUUCUUAAUAUUGCCUGAUAUGCUUAAAAAUGCCCCUAUGUUUAAAAGGCCGGGCGGCAAGGGGUCCGGCACUGCCGGCAGAGGAAAAUCAGCUAUAUUGCGCGCCCAAGCUCGUGGCAGAGGAAGGGGUCAAAAUCAACGAGGUAAAGGUACUGGUUCAGCACCAUGGCUUAAUCAACAAAACCAACCAGGAGGCUCUCAAUCUGGAAGAGGCAGAGGAUAAAUUCUACAAUAGAUAAAAUACAUUUAAAUAAUUUUGAUAUUGUAAUUGCCACAUUUUUGUACUAUUUCUGGAUGUCUCUUCAUACAUAUAAAAUUAUAAUUUAGAUUUCUGAUACACAUAAUUGGUAAUAAAUCAACUAUUGUGCUAUAUACUACAUCUAUGAGGCUGAGAUUCAGCUGCUGAGAGUGAGACUCAUUUGCUUUUUUUCUGAGUCUUGCCCAUUGUUUUUAAAUCCCAAGAAAUGAUUGAUAUAUUAAUGCAAGCUUAUGCACAUCUUAUUUUUUUUAUUGAAAUAAGAAUGUGAUUAUGUCUACACUAAA